GUCAUUCCAAGGUCGCUUUCACUAACACCUGGUUAGUCCUGGCUUGAAGCUGCACCGUCGCGAGCAAGGAAGCAAAUUGCCGACUCAAACCGACUGAGCUUUUGUUGGUGUGCCUCAUCUGCAUUCUCAUUUUGCUACCGAAAUUGAACCUUUGGACAUGACAGCAGAGGCCAGCGCUUAGGUCGACGGCGAAAGAGGGUUUGAAGCGGAAAUUGCAGACUCUCGCAGCUUUUGUUGCGAUGUGGGCUGCAGCCGCCUAGAGGCGGGCUUGCACACAAUUGCAGCUGGCUGCCGGGCCACCAGCGUUGACGGGGGUGCGGCGCACACCCCCCGGUCCUUACGUUUGAACCCGGCCUGCGCUGUGUCGCCGGGCGGAGAUGGAGUACGCAGAGUACACGGAAGGCCGGCACUACGGCGACUAUGAUGGCGGCUACGACGUUGACUACAGCCAUCACCACCAGCAGCAGUCGCAGUCGCAGUCGCAGCACAUGAACGAUUCGCGCCGCAACCGCGGCAGCGGCCAGCAGCACCGGCAGCCGCAGCCCCAUCACCACCACCACCAGCAGCCCCACCACCGACACGCACACGCAGCUGCUGCCGCCGGCGCCUCUCGUGCCUCCGAAAGCGGUGGCAGCCGUGACAGCAGCGGCGGCGAUGACGCAGUCGAUGACGGCUUGUUCGGAGCCCUGACCUCCAUCUUUGUUGGCGGCGUGACGGACCUCCUGUCAGACUUCUCACCGCACCCGCCCCCCGCGGCAGCGGGCGGCGGCGCCGCCUCCACCUCACGAGCCGUGCCGUACAGCGGGGGCGCGGGCGCCGGUGUCGACGUGGGAAGCAGCGGCGGCGCCGGCGCGGCGGCGCAUCGCCGGCGUUCGCGCACCUUUACGCCCGAGCACGGGGCGGCAGCGGCGGACGAGGAAGGCAGCGGCGGGGACGACGACGGAGGCGGUGGAAGCGGCUGGUUGCGGCCGCGGCAGGUGCCCAGGCCUUCCGCAUCGGCGUCUAAAGGCGGUGGCAGCGGGCGGCAGGGCGGCGGCGGCCAUGGCGGCGGCGGCGGCGGCUUCGGGUACGGCAACGUCGCACCCGCGAACAGCCUUGUCGGCUCCCCGACUGGCGGCGCUGGAUUGCUGGGCGCGGUGUUCUCCGGCUUCAGUACGCUGGGCCAGCACGCCACCAACCUGCUGACGCAGCUGGACCACGACUUUGAAACCAUCUUCAACGGGGGCUACGGGGAGGAGGAAGAGGAGGCGGCGGCGGGCUCGGUGGCAGCCGGCGGCGGGCCCUCGCGGCGGCAGUCUGGCCCCGGCACAUCGCCGCCCGGGCGCGAGGCAGCAGGUGCCGGCGGCGGCGGCGGCGGAAACGGCGGGGCCGGCGCCAGCGGCCGCAGCAGCUUCAGCGCCGGUGGUGGCGGCGGAGUGAGUGCGCCGGCGGCUAGCGGCGGGGCCAGCAGCCGCAGGACCUCGGGCGACCUGCGCGGGGCCUUCGCCGCCGCAGGGCCGGGCGGCGCGGCGUUGGCGGCGGCGGCGGCUGCGCUGCCGACCGUGGCUGGGCACGUGGCUGUGCCCGUGCUGGCGCGGACAGCGUCUGGCAGCGGCGGCGGCAACGCCGGACGGCGGGCCAGCGGCAGCGGCGGCGGUGGCGGCGCCAGCAGCAGUGGCCGCGGCGGUGCGGCGGCGGCGGCGGCGGCGGGUGGGCGAGGCCGUGCAUCUGGCUCCGGCGCCGCCGCUGCCCCUUCCUCGUCGUUGACGUCCUCGCGGUGGGCCGCUGCCAAGGACCGGGAGGAGCGGGAGGAGGACGACUGGGGGUGGGGCGUGACGGCGGAUGAGGACUUUGGGCUGGCGACAGCACCGCGCACCGCCAGCGGCAGCACCAAGGCGGUGGCGGCGGCGGCGGCGGUCGCAUCCACCGCCGGCCCCAUUGCGGCGGCGGCUGCCCCGCCGCUGCAGAGCGCACCGUCGGUGCCUGCAGCAGCAGCAGCGGCAGCAACAGGCGGCCCCGCCGCGGCCCCUGCCGCCGUGCCCGCCGUGCCAGGGCCCAUGGUCCCCCCGCCGGCGGCCCCCAGUAGCACCUCUGGCGGCGGCGGCCGUGGCGGGCGCGGCGGCGGCGGCGGCAAAGUCAUCUUCAUCAAGCCGCCGGCAGCGCGCCGAACGCCCUCCGCCACCAGUGAGACCUCGCCCUCGCCCUCUGCGGCACAGCCACAGCCACAGCCUCAGCCUCAGCCGCCGUCUGCCCCAGCCGGCGCUGGCGCUGGCGCCGGUGCCGCUGCCGGGCCGGGCACAGCGGAGGCAGAGGCAGAAGCAACUGCCGACCCGGCGCCGUCCGCGUCGGCGCCAGCGCCAGCGCCGGCUGCGGCCCCUGGGUCUCCUGAGCACUCUGCCGCCACAGCCUCAGCGGUGGCAGGCGCGCCGCCGCGGGGGCAGGAGGCGGAGGCGGAGCCGGGGGCGCUGCAGCAGCAGCUGGAGGCGGCGCGGGCGGAGGCGGAGGUUGCGCGGGCGGAGGCGGAGGCGGCGCGGGCGGAGGCGGAGGCCCGUCGGCAGCGCUGUGAGGAGCUGGAGCAGGAUAACGCCCGCCUCCGGUCCCAGCUAGACCACAUGCAGCAGCAGCAGCAGCAGCAACAGCCAGUGCUACUGCCGGUAGCCAUGACGCCACCGCGCAUGCCAGGAGCAGCCAUGGCGGCAGCGGUCAUGGCAGCCGGCGUGCCAUACUCACACGCCCGCACACCCUCCCCUGCCCCCAGCCUGCCCCCGCACCUGGCUGCAGUCGCCGCCGCCGCGCUCGCCAGCGCCGGCGCCAGCCGCGCCCACAGCCGCCGCGGCAGCUUCGGCAGCGGCGUCGGCCCGUCCGCCACCGGCCUGUCGGCGGCGGCGGUGGCUGCUGCUGCUGCUACAGCCGCACGGGCGGCAGUAGCAGGCCCUGGCGCGCCGCUGCCUGUCCCGGGCGGUGCCCUGACCCCGACUGCUACUGCUGCUGGUGCCGGCGCCUGUGCUGGUGCCCUUCCGGACGGCGUGAGCUCCGUCGCGGGUGGCAGCAGCGGGAGCGGCAGCUUCCACGCGGCCGCCGCCGCCGCCUCCAGCACCCAGGACGGCGCCCACCCCUACCACCAGCACCACCAGCACCACCAGCACCACGGUGAUGAGCUGGUGGAGGCGGCGCUGGCGGCGCAGCUGACGGCAGCGCUGGCCGACAAGGCGCGGCUGGCGCGGGAGGUGGACUUGCUGACGCGGCAGCUGGAGGGGCUGCAGGAACUCCUCGCCUACACCGCCGCACACCACCAGCACAUUUACGCCGGCAGCGGCGGCGGCAGCGAGGCCGGCGGCGGCAGCGGCGGCGGCAGUGCCGGUUCCGACUACGGCGGUGACGACCAGGACGGCGGCGGCGGCGGCCGUAACCGCCACAGUGCUGGCGGCGGCGAGAGGCAGCUGUACGACAGUAUGUACGGCGGCGGUUACGGAUACGGCGACGGUUACGGUUACGCAGAGCCGGACGGCAGCCCGGACUACCAUGCGCGCUACUGGCGGACGGGCAACACGCCGCCGCCGACAGUUGCCGGCGCCGCCGCCGCGCUAUCGGCGGCCGAGGCGGCGGCCGCCGCCACUCCCGGCUUGACGGUUGGCGGCGAGGCCGCCGCCGCUGGGCCCAGUCCGGCGGUUAUGAUGGCGUACGACAACAUGCUGUUCGAGGGCGACGAGCGAGUCCGCAUGUCGGGCGGAGGCGCCGCCGCCCUGGCGGCGGCGGUUACGCCGUACACGCCGUACGCUGGCGGGUACGGCAGCGGAAUGAGCUCCGCCGCCGCCUCGCCGUACGGUGCAGCCGCCACUGAUGGUGACGUGGCUGGGCCGGCGUGCUACGGUGGGGAAGAUGGGGCGUUGGCUGAGGGCGCCGCCAGCGGCAGCGGUGGCGCGUCUGUGCGCCGGCAGCUGCUGCCGCACGGCGAGGAGUCUUCGCUGGACGCAGCCGCUCCUGUUAGCAGUGCCCCUGCUACAGCCACUGCUACUGCUGCAGCCGCUGGUGCUGCUGCUGCUGGUGCUGCUUCUACUGUCAGCACGGUGCCGCGCUCGGACAGCUACCCGGACUGGGAGAUGCUGGACGAGGCGGGCGAGGUGGUGCCACGUGCCGCCCGCCCGGCAGCAGCAGCAGCAGCAGCAGUAGCAGCCGUUGCGGCAGUAGCACAAGCCGCGGCCUACGAAGGCCGGGAGCCUUCCUUUGGCGGCGCCCUGCCCGACGUGGCGUCAGGUUCAGCAGCGGUGGCUUCGGCGGCGGCGGCGGCGGCGGUAGUGACCUCGCCAGAGUCGACCUGGGACCGCCGCAGCAGCCGCAGCAGCGGCGGCAGCCGCAGCGGUGGCGGUGCCGGGUAUGGUGGCGCCGACGGUGACGGGACUGGGCAGGGCGAGGGCGAGGGCGAGGGAGGCGCACAGGAGGCCGCUUCCGGCAGCACGUCAGGCGAGCAGGACUCGGGGCCGCAAAGCAGCUGGCAGCCAUCGUCGCCGCCGCCGCCGCUGACGGGCCUUGCGACGCCGCCGCACGCGAGCAUGACUGUCACCAAGGGGGUGCUUGGGUCGUCGGCUGUGGCCGUGGCCAGCCCGCCCGACGUCACACCGCAGACGGACACCACCGCAGCCGCACGCAGUUAGCUGCACGUUGUGUUGUGUGUGUGCUAUGGUGGCGGGCAGGAAGCAGAAAGCUGCGGCUUGGUGAGGGCGAUGGCGUGGCGGUGGCGCGAGUGCGUGCGUGCAGGAGGCCAGAGCGAGGGCAGGAGUCGCGGAGGAGGAGCGGGAGAGCCGGAGAGGGUCCUCAGUCGACAGCGGGUGUUGUGAGCGGCAGGGGACAGUCCCGGGGCGAGGGCUGCAGCCAUUGGGUUGAGGCGGUGGACACACGUGUGGCCCGCAUGUGUGCACACGGGGACACACGGGGGCAGGCGGCAUCGGCAGGUCCAUGUCGGCACGACGAAUCCCCAUGGUCUGUGAGCUGCCGUAACUAACUUAUGUUCUCUAUGUUCUUUAUGCAUGUUGCAUUCGUUGUGCAUGCACGAUGGCCCGGCGCUGCGGCAGUGCGGCCCAGUGUCCGUCAGGUUGCUCCGGCGGCAUUCGGCAGUCAUUCGGCGGUCUUCCACUUCUUACCUCAUAUUUCAAUCAGAAUUGUACUCGUUGCGUUACGGUGCGUUGGGUGUUGCGCGAUGGAGGAAUUCUCUCUUUCGGUCCUCGUCUGACACUGAGCAAGGUACACACGGUGCUAGGCUGCCGGUGCUGUUGAAUCCCUAGUACAAGCAAGAACAGAGGGUAGUAAGAAGCAUAGUCCCGACUCCCGAGUGUGAUGGCUAGAAUCCCGGCCCACAAAUCCCACAAGGCGUGUCAGGGCAAGAGUCGAAGAGUGAGGUUGGUGAGGCUGCCGGUGCUAUCUCGGGGGCGGGGGGUAGCCCAGGCGUGCCCCCUCCCCUGGGUUAGGCAGGGGUUGGGCCGUUGCGUUUGGUCGCUGGCUUCGUGUGGUUGAAUGAGUCGGCGCCGGUGCGACACGGGCACGCGGGUGUGUGGAGCCCCGGCAGCCGGGUCCUUCACAGUCGGACUGGCGGGUGUGAAUGAAGCAACGGCAAUGGAGCAGAGGCUGGCUAAGUGGCGGAGCCAAUCCACCAAGCCGCCACAGAGUGCGUCAGAGCGCUGGCUGGCUGGGCUGAUGUGCCGAACAAU